GGGAAGAGCUUCAAAAGGAGUUCCCACCUCAACUGUCACCAACGCAUGCACACCGGAGAGAGACCCUACAAGUGCUCUGAGUGUGGGAAGAGCUUCAAAUGGAGAUCCCAACUCACAUCCCACCAACGCAUCCACACAGGAGAGAGACCCUACAGGUGCUCUGAGUGUGGGAAGAGCUUCAAAUGGAGAUCCCACCUCACCUCCCACCAACGCAUCCACACAGGAGAGAGACCCUACAGGUGCCCUGAGUGUGGGAGGAGCUUCACAAGGAGUUCACACCUCAUCUACCACCAGCAUUUUCACACCGGAGAGAGACCCUACAAGUGCACUGAGUGUGGGAAGACCAUAAAAACCCAUUCCCAUCUCAUCUACCACCUGCGCACCCACACAGGAGAGAGACCCUUUCAGUGUCGUGAGUGUGGGAAGAGCUUCAAAAGAAGUUCUGAACUGAAGCGCCACGAGCGCAUCCACACAGGGGAAAGACCCUAUAAGUGUCCUGAUUGUGGGAAGAGCUCCAAAAGCCAUUCUGAAUUGAAAGUGCACCAGUGCAUCCACACAGAGAGAACUUUCCAGUGUCCUGAGUGUGAAAAGAGCUUUAAACGAAGAUGCAGUCUCAACACCCACAAGCACGCCCACACCGCACACAGGCUGUAGAAGCAUCUCAAGACUCUGGGAACCUUCAAAAGCAGAUCCAGCCUCAUUACCUACCGGCACAGCCACACAAGAUACAGAGCCUGCAGAGCCC